UGCAGCGUGCAGAAAGCAGUCGGGGAGUGAGCCAGAUCAGGCUGAAGUUUCAAACUUUGCUCUCAGACGGUAUUAGGCUGGGAUCGGAGAGGCAGCUGGGGCAUUGUCAGACGCAUCCCUUCUCAAUUACCCUUUGUUACCUUUAACUGGAAAAGAAAGAGGAUGGCUAUCAAAGGUUGCCUGAGCGUUACAAAAUAUUUCCUGUUUGUCUUCAAUCUUUUUUUCUUUCUUUUGGGAGGCGUUUUGCUUUGUUUUGGACUAUGGAUCUUGUUUGACCGGAGCAGUUUUGCAUCCAUGAUAGGUUCCUCUUCACCAACUUUGAAGGUUUGGUCCUACGUAUUCUGCGGAGUCGGGAUCCUCACCAUGUUGCUCGGAUUUCUUGGUUGUCUUGGAUCACUGAAGGAAAUCAAAUGCCUGCUGGGAUUUUACUUUGCAUUCCUUCUCCUGCUCUUUGCUGCUCAGAUCACCGUUGGAGUGCUGGCGUACACGCAGAGAAAUAGCUUGAAAUCUACUUUCGGGACGUUUGUUGAAGAUAUUAUAAAGAAUUAUGGAAUAAAUGCAAACCAAACAGAUAUGGAAGAAAAUUGGGACUUUGCUCAGCAGCAGCUGGAGUGUUGUGGCUGGUAUGCCCCUGAAGACUGGAUGAAGAAUCAGAAAAUUUCCAAGAACUCAUCCGUUACCCUGUAUCCCUGCUCCUGCAGAAACACCUCCGCUUUUCUUGGCGAUGCAAGCGGCAGCGCUAACUUCUCAGCCGUCGACACCGAUCCCAAAAGUGGGUUCUGCACUGCUAGCACGGAUAAAUGGCCGGUGUACGAGAUGGGCUGCAUGAACACCAUUCAGAACUUCAUUUCAGACAACAUCAUCACUAUUGUUGGAGUUUGCAUAGGAAUAGCUUUGUUAGAGCUCUUUGUCAUGACGUUGUCGAUGUGUCUGUGUAGAAACCUGGACCAAAACUACAACAAACUUGCGCGAUUCUCCUAGAAGAUAUCUGGACUGUCGAGGACUGUAGCCUGAACGCAGACCGCAGCCAAACAUCUGGAUAUUCACUUUCUGCUUCUUAUCAAAGCCUCGCCAAGUUGAAGCCAACAUUUUGCGUCCUAGAACAGGGGCGCCCUAACCUCCCAUCUGCAGCUGUUCCUGGACUGUAGGUCAUGGUUGAUGGUGGUAGGAGGUACAGUCCAGAAACAGCUGCUGAUUCACAGGUUGGCCACUCUUGCUCUAGAACCUUUCACAAGUUCUCACAAGGAUGGGUUGACCCAUUUCGCACCUUUGCAAACAUUGUGAAACACGAGCUUCAAUGAGACGAGUGUCUUCCACCGCGUAUGUAAAUAUUCCCAGGUGGUCAGGGCGGCUGGAAUCAACAUCUCGGGGCAACCUGCUUCCAGGAUCCUCAAGUGUGAUGGACCUCAUUUCACCACGUAAUGA